AUGACUUCGGGAGUUAAGGUUGGCGACUGCUGUAAGGCCAAAUUCCUGCAGCUUUCCUUGACAACACAGAAGCAACAGAAAAUAGUUUUUUUUGUGAUGAAGUUUUCUGAUGACAUGAAGAAGAUUAUAGUGGAAAGAUUCGGAACACUUGAAGACUGCGGUAGUUACGACAAUCUGAUCACCAGUCUUCCCAUAGAUGAUGUCAGAUACGUUUGCUUUGAUUUUGAGUAUAUAAACAAGGACAACUGCAGAAAGUCUGACAUUCUUUUGAUUUCAUGGCACCCCGAUGGUUCUUCAGUAAGAAAGAAGAUGAUCUGUGCAUCAUCCUUCAGCGCUCUCAAGUCAUCACUUGGUAUUAGCAGGAACGUCUUAGAGGGUGACUGUUACUCCGAGGUAGAUAGCAAAGCAGCUUUAGAGAAGGUUGGUGGGAAGGCAUUGCCAUGA